UCGUUGGACCACUGGACAUUAUGCUCAGAUGAAGUGUGUGCUCAGAGACGUACGGACAUUUUCUCCUCUCGUGGUCUCGUGACGGACUAUACAUAAUCCUAUACCCCAUCUGGACUAGAUACUGCCAAGUGACUUUUAUUUUUAUUGCAAUUGUGGUGAUUUUAAUCACGUUCCGGAUAAUAGCGUGUACUGUCAACAGUGUGGUAGGAUCAUCAUGAUGAGAUACCUACCAUGGACGUGGCUGUUUUUAAUAGCUGGCGUCGCUUCUUCCUAUGAUCAGCCAACUCCUUUCAACAUUGACUAUUCGCCUGAAUGUGCCCUCGUCCUUAAACAAAGCAAAGGGGGACCUCCUUUUAAAAGGUCGCUUGACGCUGGUUUAAGUUACCUUGCAGACUAUAUACCAAGUUGGCAAAAUGAAAACAUCGAUCAAACAUGUAUUCGAUACGAAGACAUCAACAGAGCGUUACACGAGGCCCGUAGAAAAUUCGGAGAAGAAGUUCCGUAUGAAGUCAAAGAACUUUCUUCAGUUUAUCCAAAGGCGAAUCAUGUAUCUAUACCUGCUGAAAUACUGUUGGAAACAGUUCGAAUUUUGGCCCACAGAUUCGGCCUCAGCGUGGACGCAAUUGCACAUGGUCUCCCACAAAUCGACACCUCGAAAACUGCCAUCAAGGAGAUCUGUCCCACCUUCUUGCAACCCGUGAAAUGUGAAAUUUCUCGAUACAGAACUCUGAGUGGAAUGUGUAAUAAUCUGGACAAUCCAUCCUGGGGAAGUGCUAGAUCUGCUAUGAUUAGGUUCAUUCCUCCAGCAUAUGCUGACGGUAUAUCCAUCCCCAGGAGAUCUUUUGACGGAUCACCCCUUCCCAGUCCAAGAGUGGUGAGUUUGGUAAUGCACCACGACGUCAGCGAACAUGAUUUUGGUAUUUGUAACAUGAUUGCAGCCUGGGGUCAAAUGUUGGAUCACGAUCUUACGAGAGCAGCUCCAUCUCUUGAUACCCGUAGUAGAAGUAUUGAGUGCUGUAAGACACCAACAGACAGAAGACAUUACAACUGCUAUCCAGUGGACAUCCCUCAAGAUGAUCCAUUCUACAAAUUUUUUGACAGAAGAUGCAUGAACUUUGCUAGAUCUCUAGCUGGUUUACAGCCAGGAUGCAGACUUGGACCUAGGUGGCAAAUAAAUGCUAUUUCUGCUUAUAUCGAUGGUAACUUCAUCUAUGGCAGCAACGAAGAAGUAGCAUCUCGACUCAGAGAAUUCAAAGGAGGUCGCCUAAAGACUUCUCCUCUGUACCGUAAUUUGGGUUUGAAAGAUUUACUUCCAAUGAAGACUGUUGAUCCCGAUCUCGGAUGCAUUGCUAGACCAAGAAAUAUGUACUGCUUCGAUGCUGGUGACGAUCGAGUCAACGAACAGCUCCAGUUGGCUGUCAUGCACGUGAUAAUGAUGAGAGAACACAACCGCCUGGCUGAAGGUCUGGCUCACGUAAACCCUCACUGGGAUGACGAAACUCUUUACCAAGAAGCAAGGCAUAUUCUUUCUGCAGAACUACAACACGUCACCUAUAAUGAAUUCUUGCCCAUAGUUCUGGGACAUCAAACGAUGAAAAAAUACGAUCUCAAUCCCCUAAACAAGGGAUACUACAGUGGCUACAGUCCAAAGAUUAAUGCAGGCAUUCGAUCUGCUUUCCAAGCUUCCGCUUAUCGAUUCGGCCACAGUUUGCUACCAGACGUCACUGAACGAUACAACAAAUUCCACGAAAGAAUAGAAUCAAUCCGUCUGUCUCGACAACUGUUGCAGCCAUACGAUUUAUACAAGCCUGGUAUCGUCGACACUUUCAUACUUGGUCUCAUCAAUCAAGAAGCUUACAGAAUGGAUCCAUCUAUCACCACAGAAGUUACAAAUCACUUGUUCGAGAAACCAGGAGAUAAUUUUGGAAUGGAUUUGGCUGCCAUUAACGUCCAGAGAGCUCGAGAACAUGGUCUCCCAGGUUACAAUGCCUUCAGAGAAUACUGCGGAUUGCCUAAAAUCAGAGACUUCUACGAUUUAUCAGGAAUUAUUCCAAACAACACAAUCCACAAAUAUGCUAAUCUAUAUAAAACUGUUGAUGAUAUUGAUUUAUGGACCAUUGGUAUUGCCGAAUAUCCCGUGCCAGGAGCAGUUGUAGGACCAACAUUCGCAUGUCUGAUAGGCGAACAGUUUGCCAACAUUCGAAGAGGUGACAGAUUCUGGUACGAAAAUCAUGGAUGGCCGUCAGCAUUCUCACUAGAACAAUUGCAAGAAAUCCGUAAAGUGAGAUUGGCACGUAUCUUAUGUGAUAAUGCUGAUGAAAUGUUGACAGUACAGUUCAACGCUAUGGUCAUGGCAGAUCCGCACACGAAUCCCCGACUGGACUGCUCAACGGAUGACAUUCCCCGAUUGGACCUAAGUAAAUGGAGGGACACCAACUACAAGAAAUAAAACGGAAACCAGUGCCCUAUGUACAUUAUUUGCACAUAAUAAUUUAAGACUACUUCCCGAGCGUCGGACGUGGAAAGACAAGCAUGUGCCAGUCGUUCCGGGUGCCAUUCGGAGUAUCCGCCAUAUUGUCACACAAAAACUCCCCGUCCAUUCACAAGCAAAGAGCGAAACGACACCUGCCUCCAUCUCUCAUAUUUUAAAUUUAAUGUACUCACGGAAAAGGCCAUGAUGGUAUUUUCACCAUGUAUUUUUUAUGUAUUUACGAAAAGAAAAUAUUUUUGACUCGAAACAGAUAAUUUUCAUAUUUUAUCGCACAAUUAAGUAUAUUGUUCAUGCAUUCUUGAGGUAUUAUUUUCGCAAAUCUAAAUGGGAAGAUGAGUGCUAAUUAGUAAAUUAUAGUCAUCAGGAAAUUUAAGACUGCUUCCAGAAGCAAAAUUAGGUAAUUAUUUUUAUAUUAGUUAUUCAACAAUUUAUAAAACUACAUGAGAUAGAAUCAUAUUCAACAUGUUAUCCUAUAAAUGCAUAUUUUUAACGUGUUUUUUUUAUAUAAUGCAAUUUACAUUUUAAAAAUUGUUACAUACAUUGUACUUUUAAUUACAUACAGCUCUUUGAGAUUUAUUAAGUUUUAAAUGAUUUUUUAGAAUGUUCUUUGUCUGAAAAAUGAAGGAUUUUAGUUUUUUUAGUAUUGGAGGCCGAGUCAUUUUUGUAACAAUGCUCGUCUUUCAAUUCACCGCUUCUUGCCAACCUGCACAAAAUAGUCAAUAAUUGGCUUUUUUGUUUUAUUUAUUGAUUUCUCAUUAGCUGAAAAUGUUUACAUUGGUUAAAAAAAUGGCUCUCUGUAAAGAAGCGGUCAUUUGGAACACGAGUUUGAUAAAUGAGAAUUAGCAUUUCAUUUAAGGUACAAAUAAUUAGAAUGAGGUUUUAUACAAGAAAGUAAAAAUUGAUUAUUAAUUUUUUUUAAAUGUUCUUUGCUGAAUGGACUCUUCUACUUCGAAUCACGUUAGAUCGACUUGUACAUAAUUGCGUCCAAUCGGCGCUCUCAUGUUUGUAUUAAGAUAUUUGUAAAUAGAAAUUGUGUUUCAGUUAUAUUUAAGCAAAUUGUCCGCUUCUCUUCGACAAAAGCGUCAUCGUUAUGUGAGUUGGUGCGUCACACAACAAUAUUCACUGUUAUUAUUAUUUUUUUUUUCACAGCAACGAAAGAGACUCAAAUUUUACAUACUGUAACCAUUAUUAGAAUGAGCAUAUUUCAUUUAUUGUUUUCAAACAUUGUUUGAAUUCUCUUUGUGCCAGAGCAUAAUAUUUGCUAUAAAAUAAUGGUAAUUUUAUCCAUGGUAAUCAUACAUUAGCAUUUUGAAGUGAUAUUUUGAAUGCCGGAUGAAUCAAAUCUGAACUGCGAUUGUGUAACUUUAUUUUUUGGUUUAAUUACAUAAAUUAUAACCUUUUAGCAAAUGAAAUUCUAUUUAACAGUCUUAUGAGGUCGAUUGUAUAGGGAACGCAAAUGUUUUAUGUUUUAUAUGUUUGAAUAAAGUUGUGUUAUUUUC